GAGAGGAGGAGCUUUUCCUCAGCCGGCGGUGAUGUGUUGUGUGACAGCUGAUACUGGUGUGUGUGUGUGUUUCGCAAGUGCCUCACUCACACAGUCUGUAGUUUUAUGGUUCUGUAACACAGAAUGGACUUCAGUGUUAAAAGACUGGCAGCGGACGCGGGGACUUUGCUGAGUCGGGCGGUACAGUUCACAGAGGAAAAGCUGGGCCAGGCUGAGAAAACUGAGCUGGAUGCACAUUUGGAAAAUCUUCUAACCAGAGCUGAAUGCACCAAACACUGGACAGAGAAGAUUUUGAAGCAAACAGAAGUGUUAUUGCAGCCAAAUCCAAACGUGCGGAUAGAAGAAUUUUUCUAUGAGAAAUUGGACAAAAAAGCCCCCACACGUAUGAAUAACCAUGAGAUGCUGGGCCAAUCCAUGAUUGAUUCUGGGAAUGAGUUUGGACCUGGCACAGCCUACGGAAAUGCUCUGAUGAAGUGUGGAGAGACAGAGAAGCAGAUUGGAGGAGCUGAAAGAGAGUUUAUCCAGAGUUCAGCUAGUAAUUUCCUCACACCUUUCAGGAAUUUUCUGGAGGGUGAUUUCAAAACUAUACUGAAAGAACGCAAGUUGCUGCAAAUCAAACGACUGGAUCUUGAUGCCGCCAAGACGAAGUUAAAGAAAGCCAAAAUGGCUGAGGCAAGAGCUGCUGCUGAACAGGAGCUGAAGGUGACACAGAGUGAGUUUGACAGGCAAGCUGAGAUAACCAGACUGCUGCUGGAAGGAGUCGGCAGUACACAUGCUCACCACCUUCGCUGUCUGAAUGACUUUGUUGAGGCUCAGACGACAUAUUACGCGCAGUGUUAUCAGUAUAUGGUGGAUCUGCAAAAACAGCUAGGAAGCUUCCCUUCCUCAUUCUCUUCCAAUAAUAACCAGUGUUCAGCAGGGGCGGGAGCCAGUGUCUCUGUACCCACUCUGCCCGUUUCCACUGUUCCUUCUGCUAGUGCCAGACAGAGUCACCCUGGCUUCAGCGAGCUGUUGAGCUCAGGUGUGAGCCGCAAGGCACGGGUACUGUAUGAUUACGACGCUGCUGGCAGCAACGAGCUCUCCUUAUUGGCCGAUGAAGUGAUUAUUGUGAGCAGUGUCCCAGGCAUGGAUUCUGAUUGGCUCAUGGGAGAGCGCAGGAGCCAGAGGGGCAAAGUGCCAAUCACAUACCUAGAGCUGCUAAACUGAGUGGCAACAUUUUAAAAAAAACAAAAAAAAAACCCACAAAAUUCAAAUGGGAUUAAACCAUAUUCAAUAUGUAUAUGCAACUGUGCUGCUUCUGUGAGCUGCUUUCAUGCCAUCAGUAUGUCAUGGAUAAGCUUAUAUAGCUUCAGCAAGGGAAGAGUGUCUCACCCAAGUCAUUUCUGUUUACAAGCUGGUUAACGCAUAAGUGCUUCUGAUGUAAUGUCAUUAUUGCCAACACUCUGUAUUAUAACUUAAAAGUGAUAAGAAGAGCUUGCUUUUGUAUUGAAAUGUUACUUAACCCAUGACUCACUUAUAUCGUACUAAAGUCUGUCACUUUAUGAAAAUUUACUUCAGCUAGCUGUGCCAUUUCUUAUUGGCAGGGAUAGAAACUGAAAUGAUUUAUUAUAUUGUGUGCUAUCUGGUUUCUAAUAGCCACAGUAGCCAUGUGCCUCAGAUAUUAUUUAUCUUUUUAUUUGUGAAUUUUGAAAAUGCCUUUGAUUUUAGUACAGAUUGUAAACCAGUGCAUUUCAAAGACUGUUAUUAGAAACAGAUAUACUCUAAUUCUUUUUAUUUCUAAAAUAAUUAGAACAGUUGUUCAGACAUUUGUAUAGAGAAAGAGAGAAUAGGCAGUGUUCAGCACUUGACCAUGGUUAGAGAAAUCACAUUUAAUUGUGAGGUUCUGUACAGUUUACAGGUUGUUGUAAGGUGCAGCUCAUUAACUUGAUUUUAUACACUUACUUCAAGUGUUGUGUGCCUUAAAUACCGCUGUGCCUUUUUAUCAAGCCAUUUUUACUUUUUAGAUUUGUAAAGCAGGUCUAAUUAUCAGAGGAUGAGCAUUAGGACUGUAUAAUAUCCAGGCUGCAAAAUGUUUUAGCUGCACAACCUGUUUGAAUAAGUCCAAGUCUUAAUAUGAUCACUUGUGUGAAAUUGUUUGUUUUGAUUUAUGAUUUAAAAGUUAUAGCCAAGUAAUUGACUCCAAAAAUACAGCUGGGUCAAACCAAACACAUUCUUAAUUAAUAUGCUUGGUUUUAAGGCCAUCUCAGAGGCAGUAACAGUGCACCAAACUGCAUUUACUGAUACAGUUGGUGGUUUCUUUUUCCCAUCCUCCUGAGACAGCUUCAGAAUACUUCAGAAUAUGGCUUCACCUAACUCGAGUUUCAGUUUCUGUAUCAUCCUGUCCCAGUCCACCAUCUCAACUUGUCUCCUUAGAAUUUGUCUGCCAUUUUGCUUUAUUGCAAAUAAAUACAUUUUACAUCCUU